AUAUGCCCCAUCGAAUCGGUAAUGUCAACAAUGUAGAGAAAUUUGAUCCACAAUUUUUCGACAUAUCUACAAUAGAAGCUCAUGUAAUUGAUCCUAUGGGCAGAAUGUUACUCGAACAUACUUAUGAAGCAAUUAUCGAUGCGGGUAUCAAUCCCAAAGAGUUACAAGGCACAAGAACGGGUGUUUUUACAGGAAUUUGCGCUGAUGUACAAAGCCAUUACAUCUUUUUUAAAUCUGAGUUUAAUGGAAUGCCAGCUUGGUGCAAUCGAUCUUUCGUGGCAAAUAGAAUUUCUUACUGGCUCGGUACUAUUGGACCAUCAUAUAAUAUCGAUUCUGCAUGUAGCUCGAGCCUCUUUGCCAUAACAGAAGCUUACAAGCUGAUUCGAUCUGGAGAAUGCGAUGCCGCUAUUGUCGCUACCGCCAAUUUAUGCCUCCAUCCUCUCGUAAAUUUCGGAUUUUAUCGUCUUGGGGUUCUGUCUUCUGAUGGUUAUUGUAGACCCUUUGAUGAAGAAGGCACCGGAUAUAUGCGCAGCGAUACACUAACAGUAGUAUAUUUGCAAAAGGCAAAAGACGCAAGGAGAGUAUAUGCGACCUUUGUACACGGUAAAAUGAAUUGCGAUGGCUUUAAAGAAGAAGGUAUUACUUUCCCAUCAUUUGAAAUGCAAAAAACGUUGUUGGAAGAAUUUUACGAAGAAUGUGGAGUCUCACCCAAUGAGUUAUCUUACGUGGAGGCUCAUGCAACUGGUACUAUAGCGGGUGAUCCUGCAGAAGUCCUAUCUAUAGAUCAGACUUUAUGUGCUAAAAGAAGAACUCCUUUAUUGACAGGCUCAGUAAAAUCGAAUCUUGGACACUCAGAACCGGCCAGUGGUCUUUGUCAAAUUGCAAAAGUAAUAUUAGCAAUGGAAACUAGUAUAAUUACGCCUACUAUACAUUUCAAACGUCCACGAAAAGAAUUAACUGCUAUUAUUGAAGGAAGAAUGAAGAUUGUUACCGAACCAACAGAAUGGGAAGGUGGUUAUAUAGGUAUUAAUUCCUUUGGAUUUGGUGGGUCCAAUUGUCACAUAUUGCUAAAAUCAAAUCCUAAGCAAAAAAUUAAUAAUGGAGCACCGAGUGAUGACUUACCUAGACUUAUAGCCGUAUCUGGACGUACAGAGGAAGCAGUUAAAACCAUCUUUAAUGACGUGAGCAAUCAUCGUAGUAGCUUGUUUUACUUAUUAUAGA